GGCUAUUCGUGUGACUAAUUGCAAGGACAAGAAGAGGGCCAUUGAUGAAUAUGACAAGAUUAUGUGGGGUGAAGUUGAAAAAUUGGUGUAUGAGGUGGAAAAAGAUGGAAAAAUCAACUAUAAAUUGUUGACAUGGGCAUUUAACAAAUCUAUUUUUCAAGUGAUUUUGGGAAUUGCAAUGAUGACUUUGUGCUCAAAACCACUAGUAAAUAGUAUUAAAAAGUUGUCUGAAGCUAUUGGAAUGCCUUCUUUCCUCAUCCCCUUUGUGAUAGUACCAUUGGCUCUAAAUGCAAGAAUGACAAUAGCAGCAAUCUAUCCAGCAAGUCAGAAGUGCUCAAAAACUGCUUCUUUGACAUUCUCAGAGAUAUAUGUUGGAGUAAUGAGGAACAACAUCAUGGGCAUGACAACACUAUUGGCUAUAGUAUAUGCAAAGGACUUAACUUGGGAUUAUUCAGCACAAGUGCUAAUAGUUUUGGUGGCUUGUACAAUAAUUGGGCUUCUUGCAUUAUUUAGCACUAGAUAUCCACUUUGGACAAGCCUCUUGGCAUUUUCUCUUUACCCUUCUUGUGUGGUGUUCUUUUACCUUCUUCAAUGAGUAAUUCUUUGGUUGGGACUA